AUGGAGCAAGAUAGACAGGGAGCAAGACAGACAGCGAGAGAGACAGACAUGGAACAAGACAGGCGGGGAGCCAGAAAAACAAGAAGAGAGACAGACAGGGAGCCAGACAAACAGGGAACCAGCCAGACAGGGGGAGAGACUGACAGACGUAGAGGGAGCAAGACAGACAGUGAGCCAAGACAGGGAGCCAGACAGACAGGGAGUCAGCUGACAGAAAGGGAGAAGGCAGAAAGGGAGCCCAAAAGACGGGGAGCCAUACGGACAUGGAAAGAGACAGACAUGGAGUUACACAGACAGGGAGACAUACAGGAAAGCCAGACAGAGAGGGAGAGAGACAAAAAGGGAGAGAGACAGACAUGGAGCCAGACAGACAGGGAGAGAGACAGACAGGGAGACGGACAGACGGAGAGCCAGACAGACAGGGACACAGACAGGUUGGGAGAGAGACAGUGUGCAAGACUGAGCCAGAGGAGCCAGACAGGCAGAAAGCCAGACAGAAAGAGGGGUGAGACAGUCAAAGAGAGAGACAGACAAAAAGCCAGAAAGACAGGGAGCCGGACAGACAGGGAUCCAUACAGACAGACAGAAAUACAGACAGGGAGUGAGACAGACAGGGAGUGAGACAGACAGGGAACCAGACACACAGGGAGCCAGCCAGCCGGACAGGGAGUUAGCCAGACAGAGAGAGAGGCAGACAGGGAGCAAG